CAGAUUUCCAGAUUAGGGCUCUCUCUCUCUCUCUCCGGUAAGACUUUCGGACGUCCUCUCUCUAUAAAAGCCUUUCCAUCAGAGUCCAGACGCCCUUUCUAUAAAAUCCUCUCAUCCACUGUCUCUCCAAACCCUAAAGCAAGUAAAAGGGCAUGGAAGACGGGGACGGCAAUUUCGACAGCGGAGAUCGGAACGAUCAGUUCCACCGGAACGAGGCGAUCUCAGCCGUUGCUGACGACGGGUUUUUGGGGGAAGAAGAAGAAGACGACUACGAAGAUCUCUACAACGAUGUGAAUGUAGGCGACGGAUUCCUCCAGACUUUGAAACGAGAGGAUGAGACUGACGAGAUCAAGCCGAAGAUUGAACCGUCUGCUUCGAUCCCAGGCGUUGGCGGUGGCAGCGGCAUUGGCAGUGGCAGCGGCAUUGGGAAGACUAUUAAAAAAGAAGUUAUAGAGGAAGAAUUGAAAGCUCCUCCGGAGUUGGGUUUCAGAGGCAAGACUAUUAAAAAGGAAGUUGUAGAGGAGGAAUUGAAGGGGCCGCCGGAGUUGGGUUUCAGAGGGAAUGAAUUGGGCAUGAGAGGUCCCAGAGUGAAAGUUGAAAUGGGUGAGCCCUUGGGUAAAUUUGGUGAAAUCCAAGGGCAAUUUGGUAAUAGCAAUCCUCAACAUGGAGUAGGAGUUGGGAAUGCUUUUGUUAAUGCCAAUGUUAAUAUUGCUAAUGUUAAUGGUGGAGGUGGACCAGCCGUUGGAGGUGGGGUCACUGUUGGAGCUGGGCCUGCCCCCGCAGCCGGAGGUGUGCCUGGAGCCAGCAACAUGGGUGGGACGGUCCUGUAUGUUGGGGAACUGCAUUGGUGGACGACGGAUGCCCAACUCGAGAGUGAACUUUCGAAGUAUGGCCCGGUGAAGGAGUUGAAGUUCUAUGAUGAGAAGGCCAGUGGGAAGUCGAAGGGGUACUGCCAGGUGGAGUUCUACGAUGCUGCUGCUGCAGCUGCCUGCAAAGAAGGGAUGAACGGCCACAUUUUCAACGGGCGUCCAUGCGUUGUUGCAUUCGCGUCGCCAUAUAGCGUGCGUAGGAUGGGCGAGGCCAUGGUGAACAAGAACCAGGCGAUGGGGGCUGCACAGACGGGCCCUAUUCAGGGGCGGAGAGGGCCGGCUGAUGUCGGAGGUAGAGGUGGUGGAAUUGGGUCAGGCACUAAUUAUCAAAAUUUUGGGAGGGGCGGGUGGGGAAGGGGUGGGGGAGGGAUGGCAAAUAGAGGGCCGAUUGGGCCGAUGAGGAACAGGGUUGGGAUGGGGGGGAGGGGUAUAAUUGGAAACAAUGGUAAUGGGUUUGGGCAAGGGCUCGCAGCAGCGCCACCGCCAUUGUUGCAACCUCAGGCGAUGAUGGGUCAGGGGUUUGAUCCAACGUAUGGAGCGACAAUGGGGAGAAUGGGUGGUGGUUAUGGUGGUUUCCCUGCAGCCCCCAUGCCCCCUUUCUCGGGGGUAUUAUCGUCUUUCCCAGCAAUGGGUGGUGUGGGUUUGCCUGGUGUGGCUCCACAUGUGAAUCCAGCAUUUUUUGGAAGAGGGAUGCCGGCAAAUGGAAUGGGUAUGAUGCCUGCAACAGGUGUUGAGAAUGUGGGAAUGUGGUCGGAUCCGAGCAUGGGUGGAUGGGCAGGUGAAGACCAGGGUGGGAGAGCGGGAGAGUCAAGUUAUGGGGAGGAUGCUGUGUCGGACCAUCAGUAUGGAGAGACAGGUGGCCAUGAGAAAGGGGGAUGGUCAAAUGCUACGAGGGAGAAAGAUAGGGCCCCAGAGCGGGACUUAUCUGGGGGUGCUCCUGAUAGACGGUAUCGUGACGAUAGGGAACCGGGGUGGGAUCGGGAUGCGCCGAGGGAGAGAGAUACUGGUCGUGAUCAGGAGUGGUCAGAGAGAAGGCAUCGUGACGAUAGAGAAGCAGGAUGGGACCGUGACCGGGACCGUGACCGGGACCGCGACCGCGACAGGGAUCGUUAUAGGGAGGAUAGAGAGAGAUAUUCGGAUCACCCUAGAUACAGGGACCGUGAACCAGAGCAUGAUGACGAGUGGGAUAGGGGACGGUCGUCGAGGUCUCAUCACGGCAAGUCACGGCUGCCACAUGAAGAAGAGCAGCGCCAAAGGUUGAGGGAUGUUGAACACGGGAAGCGGAGGCGGUUACCAUCAGAGUAACUGAAUCCUUUGAAACUAUAGUACUUAUAUAUUUUCUCAGGCUCUUGCUUUUCAUGGUCCCUUGUCUUCACCAUGGGCUAUGAUUCGAUGCCUCAAAAAUCUCUUGUGGAGACUGCUUGCAGGAGUGUCGUGUCAUUCACAUGAUGAAGAAUGGACAUUCAUUGCUUGGCCAAGCAAAACAGCAUUUUUUGCAGGGCACAGAGACUAGCAAGUACCGCGGGUGAUAUAGACGCUAUCAUCUGGUUGCCCCCAUAAUUGAUGGGUCAUGUUCAGAGUCUCCCUCAAUUGAGGACCCUAAGUCUCUAACUGUGCCAAGGUUGGCUUUUUCCCAUUAAAUGUGGACUCUUGGUGGUUUUCUUUUCUUUCUUUUUUAAAAUGUCCAUUUGCAAGCCACCAUUUGAUGCUUAGGAUCUUCUGAUGUGGGAGACUUUAUGUCAGAGCUCAAACCAUGAUGGGCCCACCAGAUGAACAGUCCAGAUCACUGAAAGGUGGGCCUCAUUCUCACGAUUGCUCGGCAGAGCCAAAAAUGCCAAUUGCAUGGCCAAGCAUUGUUCAAGGGCACUUGGGAGACUGCAAGAGGACAGAUCUGCACGUUCUCGCUUACAAGCUGAUGUAGGGCUUUCUCAGAGACAUGGCUUUCCACCAUUAAUUGAGAACCUCUUUCUUACCUUUAUUUUAGCCUUCUAAAUUUAAACUGAUUUUAAGUGUUCUUGGGUGUUGUCAUUACUCUCCAACCUAGACUAGAACAGCAGGAAAAUGCAAGUGGAUGUGGUAGCUUUGUAGCAGAUACUGUUUGAAUGACGUGUAAGAGAUUUAGGAUAUGGUUUUCAUUUUUCUUUUCCUUUUUGUGUUUUUUGUACCUUAGGUUGCUAGUGUUUAGCCAUGAAAUUGAUGGAAAGAUUAAUUGCUAACCCCCUUAUGAUUUUGUUGAUACA